CGAUGUCAACAUUAAAUCUGGGUGAGAAAAUGGCAGACGAGAGAUGAACUUGUGCAUAUAUUUGGCUAAACUACCGUUUUGACAGAUGCCAGGGAUUUUAGGAUAUACUUUAACCAUGACACCAUAAACAGGGUGCUAGGGAGAAGCUCCUGGGGCACGUGCUGUCAGACUGAUGGCCAAGCCGUUUGAGUUCAGCUGGUGCAUCCCUGUGCCUGAGGCCCUGCAGAAUGGCGAGACAUUCGACUGCUGGGAUGAGGAGUCCUCUACUCUUGAUCCCAAUGCAACAGUCAAAGUGGAUACGAAUGGCUUCUUCAUCUACUGGAAGAGUGAUGGCAGGGAGGGCCAAGUCUUGGAAUGUUCUCAAGUGAAUGACAUCCGCCUAGGGCUGGCUCCCAAGAUCAACGAUCCAAAGCUGCUCUUAGAAAUUGAGCAGAAAGGCUCAGGAAACCUUGAGUCUCGCACGGUGACAGUAUGCAGUGGCCUGGAUCUUGUCAACAUCAGCUAUACACCUAUGAUAGCACAGUCACAGGAUAUAGCAAAGGUGUGGUUCGAGGGACUAAGACAGAUAACUCUCAACACAAAGGCCAACAAUGUGUGCCCCAUGACACAGCUCAAAAAGCACUGGAUGAAACUCUGCUUUAUGGUGAACCCAAGUGGCAACAUCCCAGUGCGCAGUAUAACCCGGACAUUUGCUUCAGGCAAAACACAAGAAAAGAUGAUUAUGCAAUGUUUGAAAGAGUUGAGUCUACCUUGUGGCAAGCUUGAUGAAAUUGAGCCGUCUGCAUUUACUUUUGACAAAUUCUAUGAGCUGUACCACAAGAUCUGUCCACGGAGUGAUAUAGAGGAACUCUUCCGAGAACUAACACAGAAUAAACCUUUCCUUACUGUAAAUCAACUGAUAGAUUUUUUCAAUGAGCGUCAGAGAGACCCUCGUCUUAAUGAGAUCCUGUUCCCAUUUUACAAUCAGAAUCGGGUGAUAAACAUCAUAAAGGCAUAUGAGCCAAAUGAAGAUAACGGUGGAAAGGAGAUGAUGAGCUUGGACGGAUUCUGUCGGUAUCUGAUGUCGGAUGAGAAUGCACCUGUGUUCCUGGACAGACUAGAUAUCUACCUGGAGAUGGACCAGCCACUGGCUCACUACUUCAUCAACUCAUCCCACAACACAUACCUGACAGGUAGACAGUUUGGUGGCCGGUCGUCAGUCGAGAUGUAUCGCCAGGUGCUGCUUGCAGGUUGCAGGUGUGUGGAGCUUGACUGUUGGGAUGGCCGCAAUGAAGACCAGGAGCCAAUCAUCACUCACGGCAAAGCCAUGUGUACUGACAUCCUCUUCAAGGAUGUAAUUCAAGCAAUUAAAGAAACAGCUUUUGUAACAUCAGAAUAUCCAGUCAUCCUAUCCUUUGAGAACCAUUGCAGCAAACUCCAACAAUUCAAAAUGGCUAAAUACUGUGAGGAGAUUCUUGGAGAGUAUUUACUGAAAAAGCCCUUGGAGUCAGUCCCACUGGAACCAAGUGUCCCACUGCCUGCACCAAACCAGCUCAAAAAGAAGAUCCUCAUCAAAAACAAGAGGUUGAAACCUGAAGUGGAGAAACGGCAACUAGAAUUGUUCCAGAAAGGAUAUAUGGGCAUAAAUGAAGACAUUGAAGCUGAAGACCCCGAGGUUGUUCCUGCCAAUGUUGAUGGAGAGGAGGGUCCCCUCAACGAUGCGGAAAAUUCCAGCUCCAGUAGUGAGUCCUCAUACCCUACACUUGACGACACACCGGCCCCUGCUCAGGCCAGCACGGAUCUGGACCCAACUGUGGUCAACACAGACACAGAUGCCCACCCAGAACUCCAUCCUGCAGGUGAGGGUGGGGAGAAGCCGGCUGAGGGUGCAGAAGCAGAAAAGAAGCCUGAGCCCCUGCUGAAGACAGAUUCGGUGGGGACAAACAUGUCUGACACACCCACAGAGCCAGAACCCACGGAUGGGAAGAAGGCACCAGUCAGUAUGAAGAUUCCUUCUAAAAAGCCAUCAGUCAAUGCUGGAACUCAACCAGAUGAUGUAGAUGUAGCAGGGACUCUGACAGCUGAUGAAGAGGCAGCAUUGAUGUCCUCGUACCACUACACAGGCGCCACCACCAACAUCCAUCCCUACCUCUCGGCCAUGGUCAACUACGCCCAGCCUGUCAAGUUUCAAGGCUUUGAGAUUGCAGAAGAGAGGAACAUACACUAUCAUAUGUCCUCUUUCAACGAAAACACUGGGCUUGGCUACCUAAAGACACAAGCCAUUGAGUUAGUAAAUUACAACAAGCGUCAGAUGAGUCGAAUCUACCCAAAAGGAGGGCGGGUUGAUUCCAGCAACUACAUGCCACAGAUUUUCUGGAAUGCAGGUUGUCAAAUGGUUUCGCUCAACUUCCAGACUUCAGACCUUGCUAUGCAGCUCAACCAGGGAAAGUUUGAGUAUAAUGGCAACUGUGGUUAUCUCUUGAAGCCGGACUUCAUGAGACGACCGGACCGAACAUUUGACCCGUUUUCUGAGAGCCCAGUGGAUGGUGUGAUAGCUGCUCAUUGCUCAGUGCAGGUGAUCUCUGGCCAGUUUUUGUCUGACAAGAAGAUUGGUACUUAUGUGGAGGUGGACAUGUAUGGAUUGCCGACAGACACAAUUCGCAGAGAAUUCCGAACACGGACGGUCCCCAACAAUGGUCUCAACCCUGUCUAUAAUGAGGAUUCUUUCGUCUUCAGAAAAGUAGUAUUACCGGAGUUAGCAGUAUUACGCAUAGCUGUAUAUGAAGAGACAGGCAAACUGAUAGGACAGAGGAUCCUGCCCUUGGAUGGACUUCAAGCAGGUUAUCGACACAUCUCCCUACGUACUGAAGGAAACUUCCCUCUCUCACUGCCAACAGUUUUCUGUAGAAUCAUCCUCAAAACCUAUGUCCCAGAAGGAUUUGGAGAUUUUGUCAAUGCUUUGUCUGACCCCAUGGCCUAUGUUACACUGGCCGAGAAGCGUGAGCAGCAGAUGCGAGAUAUGGGCAUUGAUGAAAAAGACAUCAGUGAUGUGCCUGUGGUCCACAAGCCAGAACCUUCUUCCAAACCUGUCAAGACUCCAGCUCCAUCCUCAAAUGGCCAGAUUCAGCCCAACCCUACAACCCCUCAGCCCACUAGUAAGCCAGAUAAGAAAGCCGAUGAAGUGCUGUUUGACCCUGUGACCCGUGACCACCUCAUGCAGGACAAAUCCUUCUUCAAGUUGCUGAAGAAGCAGCAGAAGGACAUGGAGAUGCUGAAGAAGAAGUUCCAGAAGGAGCGUGUGUUGAUGCAGAAACAGCAUUGUACAGUGGUGGACAAGCUGGUGGCCAACCACGACAAGGAGAAGCUGGCUGCAGAGAAGAACCUGGAGAAGAAGCUCAAGAAGAAGGGGGAGAGUUCUUUGACUGAUCUGAAAAUGGCUACUGAAGACAAAGUGCAGAGCCUUGUCACAGACCACAAAGCCAAGGUAAAGGACCUGGUGGUGGACCAGACCAAGGAGUGGUCGGACAUGUGUCUGCGACAGGUGGCGGAGGAGCAUGAGAUGAGGAAGGAGCACAUCACCCAGCAGAACGACUUCCUCGUCAAACUUCUGGAAGAAGCACACCAUGACCAGCUCAAGGAACUCGAGAGCAAACAGGAAAAGGAGAACAAGGAACUGAAGGCGAACCAAGCCAAGCAGUCAAUGGAGUCUUUCAAGAUGGUGCAGAAUGAUAGGUCAAUCAAAAAUAAAGCAGAACGAGAUAGGCGGAUACGAGAGCUUAACUCCAACAACAUGAAAAAGUUCAUUGAGGAGCGAAAACGCCUUGCAAUGAAGCACUCACGCCAGGUUGAAGCUCUCAAGAAGAUCCAUACAGAACAGGUGGAGAAGCUGGUUAAAGACAAUGAAAAGUAUCUGGACAUAGCAGAUAUGGCUCAUGAAGAAGCGCGACUUGGCACAAAGCCUGAGACAGUUGUGUAGACAACCCAGGGUCAGACAACUGGUGGUCAUUGUAUCAUGUAGAUGUAUAUUUGUACUCAUCAUCACAUCAGAUGUAUAGAAUAUGUGAGGAAUAUUUUCACUUUUUACAAAGAUGACGUGAAAAUGUUCAAGUAAAAUGUUGAGACUAGACUUAGCAUUUUUCGCAAAGUUAAUAAUAUGAAAUGGACAUGAUCGUUUUCCUCUCUUCCAGUUUUGGGUUGUUUCUGUGAUUUUCGUGUUGAGGAAAGUUAAUCUUUCCUAAUCAAAGUGAACAAAUCUCAUCUCUGUGUUCAGCUGUUUUGUGAAUCUGGUGAAUCGCUUCGACUCAUUGUUUUGUACUCAACCCAUGGCCACACUCUCCACAACCACUUAUCUUCCCUUAGUACCUUUCUGGGGGUCUUGUAGCUGUCAUGGUCCAAGCUUUCACUCAGGAACACUGUCUAUCCGACUUUACUCUGGACCACUAUAUUCACAAGGUCAUCGUAUGGUGAGAAGGCAAGGCCCUUGCCUCUCCUUUGCUCCUUAGGUUUAUAAAGAUGUAGCUCAUCUCGAUGAUACGGAUAUAGUUUAUCAGUGUCUGUUUACACACUUCAUUACCAAAUACUUACACUGGAUUUCUUUUAGAUAUUUAUUUGCAUUGUUUGUGUUUCUUGCCGUUUGAUAAGCAUUUAUGUUAUUACAACAUGUGUCCUGUGAUUAUUUUUGAGUUUGUGGUUGUUAAUAGUGUAUUUAUUGAAGAAUUUAGUGUAUGCUCUUUUUCACCACCACUUUGCAAGGAAACCACUGAAUGCUAUACAGUUUUGAUUAGGUGCUAUUACUGUGUUGAUCGAUUGAUAGAACAAACUUAUGAAGAGAGACAAAACAAUACAGUAUUUGAUACGUUAUUAAUAGAAAUGCUGUCGCAAAUCAAGAAAUCUUGGAAUGUAUUCACCACUGAACACUUACAUGUUAUAUUGUUUAUACUCACCAGUCCUGUCUGUGGCAGUCACUAUUGACUCUUGCAUGAUGAACAGUACUUUCAGUCAUAAUGGACCCAUACGAUUAGUGAUACAACAUUGAUAGCUUUAAGAUUAACUGGCAGUCUUGUUAUGACUUGAUGUAGGAUACAGGUAAUAAUAACAGUAUAACUGUUUAUGAAAAGUAUGGUCAUUUAUGAAUAGACUAAGUCAAAUUAUUGUAAACUCUAUUGAACUACUGGUAAUGUUGCACACAAGGUUUUAGAUACUUGAUUCUCAAAAUGACAGACAUUUUAUGAAUGUUUUUAAGUUUUAUGUAAAGCCAUGUUACCCCAGAGUCCAAUAGAGAAGAGUUAUAUAGAUUUAUCAGUUUUCUCCAAGAAACUAAUAUGUAUGUGGUAGGUGUAGAGGCUUCAGAUGGGUUUCAACUUGUGCUGUGAGGUAGAUGUUGAACAUGGUGAAUAUAAUGCAGCAGUUGGAGCUUGAGCUGACACAGUAGGAGGUAGGAUUGUUAUAGCCGUUAACAGUUGUGAUGUCAGAAGCAUAGACUAGCUUAUAAACAGCGCCAUCAAUAAACAUGGAUACAGUUUAUGGGUGCUUCAUGUGCAUAAAUGGAGAUAUGAUCUCAAGAUUUUAAUUGGAUAUAUAUAAGCAGCAUUUUAAAAUGUUAUAUAGAUCUGUUUUUCUUUGACUUUUGUUUAGUUGUGUUUUAGUUUUUCUGUUGUAUCUUUUACUCCUGCUGUGGUAUUGACAGUCUGUGCCGAUAACUUCCCUGAUAAAGCGAGUGAGGUUUUUUUUACGUCACUUUGGACAGUAUUUCAGUUAUAUCACAUGUGUCAGCAUAGGAGGAGGAGGAAAGCCCGAAGUGAUGCAUAUCUUGGAUGUUUACCACUUUGGUGAAACCCACGAGUAUGGUGCUGACAAAUCUAGAAACAUAAGUGGGGUGAACCAGGAUUCAAACCUCUGAUCAUACGUUUCUGGCAUGCCAAAGGGACAUAACUCUGCACAGCAAAUUCCGGUGCCAUAUAAGACACAGUAAACUAGACCAACAGAAGUAUUACCAGAGAAGUAUUACCAGAAUACUUCUAUUGGUCUAGUUUACUAUGUUAAUGAUGACCAUUAUGUUGUUACCUUGAACCAUGACAUCUAUUGAAGGAAUUCUGAGAGAUGGGUGGGAAGCUGUGCCAGGCUAAGCCGAUGGUGUGUUUGAACUCUGGACUCGCCCCGAUUAUGAUCCUUGGUCUGGCAGCACCUUCUUCUUGUGCAUGUAGUUUUCACAGAAGUGAUGUCUAUCCCCUGCAUUAUUCUGCACAUCCAGCAAAAAUGCAUUGAUAUGACUGAAAUAUUGUUUAGUCCUGCAUGGCACCAACUCACUCGCUGUAUAGAAGACUGAGAAGGUAUAAAUUGAGCACAGGCUGAUAAGCUGCAGGAUCUUUGGAGACAACCAUAGCUAUGACAUCAAAUAGAUACGUCACACAUUCAAAUCACAAAUAAUCAAAUUUUAUUGAUGAUUUUAGAAAUUUAUCAUGAUCAUAUCAUUGAUGAAAUGCUUCAAAUAUGUUUGAAUGACAAUCUUUCUGUAUGAUAGCGCCCUGCUGUGUUCGUGUCUUGAUCAGGGUCGCCUAAUUUAUUAAAUUACAGUAGCUUGUAAGUUUGAAAUAUUUUAUUUCUAAAAACUGUGAUUCAUUUUCUAUGAUCUGACAGAUAUAAUUCUCUCUGAAAUCUCGCACAUCACUUCCAGUUUAAACCAAUAGUUGUAAUUCCUUGCUAAGUCAUAAUUCAAACUUACAGUUGUACACACAUGUACCUUGUUUAACACAAGUUAAGUCUUAUGUUUUGUUUUAGAUAAGCAAUACUUGUUGUUGAGACAUUUAUAUUACGUUUACUGUUAUGUCACAGAUUCCUUCUAUGAUUUUAUUGUGCAGUUACCUUCCCUUGAUGUACACACGCUUUUUCCACUGUAACUUUGAUAUUGCUCUUUUUGUACUGCAGAGACAGAAGCUAUAUUCUCUUCUGUGGACCUCUGUUACAGAGACAAAUAAUUUGUUAGAAAUAACAUCAGUUUUUUGCAGAAUUUUUCUUUGAAAGUAGCUCUUUUCGAUGACCUUGGAACCGAAAUUAGGCUAAUCAAUAACCGUUCUGAAUUUGCUCAAAUUUGUUGUGUCUUACUUAUUUACUUAUUUACUAAACUCUUAUUGACACUGUCAUCAUGUCCCCAUUCCGUCUGUUGACCAGAAUGGGAUCAGUUUCCUGUAAUGAAGGUAGUGAGAUACAUGAAAUAGAAUUAAUUUAAAGUGAUUUAGGCCCCUUAUGAGUUUACUAUUUUCAUGUCAGUAGCAGAGGUUUGGGAUUUUACAAGCUAAAUAUCUUUGAGGCUUCAAGAAUCCUGAGACCACAACUAGUAACCAAUUUAUCACAACUAGUUGUAGAUAUUUUCUUUAGUAAAAUGAUUUUGUGUGGUAGCAUCUAUAAAGGAUGGCUAGUCACACGAAUCGGUAUAAUGCCAUAGCGUCUGUAUGACUAGACAGUCACAUCACACUGUAUGACGUCAUGAAGUCUUUUCAGGCCAGCCAGUCACAACAAAUGAAAUGACAUCAUAACGUCUGUAUAGGCUGGCCAGUCAUGUCAAACGUUAUGACGUCAUCAAGUCUGUAUAGACCAGCCAGCCACAUCAAACGGUAUGACAUCAUGAUGUCUGUUUUGAUCAGCCAGUCAUGUUAAAUGGUAUGAUAUAAUGUCUGUAUAGACCAGCAAGCCUCGUCAAACGGUAUGACAUCAUUAAAUCCGUACAGGCCGGCCGGUCACAUCACACAGUGUGACAUCAAGAUGUCUGUUUAGACAUGCCAGUCAUGUCAAAUGGUAUAUAAUUUCUGUAUAGACCAGCCAGCCUCGUCAAACGGUAUGACAUCGUUAAGUCUGGGCAGGCCAGCUGGUCACAUCAAACGGUAUGGCAGUAUAGGUCUCUUAUAGAUGUACAUGUUGGCCUCAUUUUGGUUCCUUGGAUCCCUGUAAUUUCUUCUUUGUUAGUUUGACUGACUUUGCUACUCUGGUUUUAAUGCCAAUUGUUGUACAUUUUUCUGAUCAUAUUUAAUACCAUAUUGGACAUUACUAGUUCGCUGGUCAGUCAGAACUCCAGGAUUAUGUUAAGAUAUUUCGUAAGUGCCCUGUCUCCCCAGCAAUCACCCCAGUAGCAGCUGUUGGAAAUAUGUGUGCCUGAUUGAUACAUAUUCACCAGGAAAUUCAAGCUUUGAGGUUGGUUUUUAUUUGAUCAUAGCUGAAGAAACUUGACAUGAUUAUUUGUACACUGGCUUAUAAUUAAGACUUGAGGAGUGUGUUUAUACAUUACAAAUGAUAUCCCCGAUACUAUUACAUCCUUGAGUAAUUUAUUCAGAUUUUGAGUUCUGUAAUCAUGGUAAAUUAUUAGUUCAUAUUCUUGUUGAUCGGUGUUAUAUUUGAGCGUUAUUGUUUUUGAACAUGAGAAGAUAUACUUAAAGAUACUGGUUUACUAUUUGUCUGUCUGUAAUUAUGUUAAGAGAGUGAUUUCACAACUGAAGGUAUUUGCUUUAAUAUGUGUUAUGUUAGUAGCAGCUACUUGUUGUAAAUGUUAUGGAAUUUAUGAACAUGAUUUCAAUUGAUUUCAUCCAUUGAGUAAGUAUGAAUACGCAGAAAAUAUAAUUAUUGAUUAACCAUUGACUGGAAGCUUGUAUCAUUUCUGUGUUGUCUUCCAAGACGUAGUUGCAUUGUAUUUAAUCGUGUAUGUAUAUUAGAUGGUCUACCAUUCUCUUCUUUCAUUUACAAAUAAACUAUUUCAUAACCUGCAUUGAGCCUUUAGUCCCAUGUUCUGAUUAUUUGCCAGUUUUAUUUAGAAAUAAUAGCAAGAUCCUGUUAAUCUGGGAGGUGCUUUUUUCAGUGAAAUGUGUGGAUUAUGAAAUUUCUCGAUUAAAAAAUCAUGGGUAUAGAAUAAUGUUCCUUUAAUUUUGUAUUGUUCCCAAAAUAAUCUUCCUGAAUGUGGGUUCCAGAUUAACAGGGAUUUGCUGUUUGUAUGUGUAACCAGAAACCAGAUGUUAAGUGCUUGUUAUUGAUAAUGCAUUUGUAAAUGAUAAUUUGACGAACAGUGACUUAAUUGCUUCAUCCAUUUUGUUGGAAAACAUUUGUAAAGCCUGUGAGCUAUGGCCCUGGAACAAUGGAUCUACACUACUUUUCAGUAUAUGCAUACAGUUUUAUCUUCUUGUAUGCAGAAUCAGGCUGUGCAAUAUUUGUUGAAACACUCUUGUUUUACUUUUGCAAAUUGCAUGUUUUAUAAAACUUCCUCCUUAGGUGCAUCAAUUUGAUUUCAUGGCUGUCCAAGAAUGCAUAUGGAGAUGCAGAAGUUAUGGCAAGAUAUACGUCUCAUUGCUUGUUGUAUGUUCACAGUCUGCUUUUGCAGGCCAGUCAACUAUUCAUGGUUGUAGGAACUGGAUUCCAUUUGGGUUCUGACACUGAUGUACAUAAGAACUUAGGCCUUUUGACAUGACCUGGGAUUAAUAGAGAUAUUGUAUUAAGUUUAAUAUUUUAAGGCAAAUAUAUGAUUUUUUAAACAAGGCCAGCAUUGAUUAUUGAGUGAAAUGGUUCAGUAGAUGAUGUCAGCCAUGUACUUUCUUGAUACUUUCCAUGGUGAGUGAAUACUCUCCUGUUAAUUUGUUUGAAAUGGUAAGAAUUUUGAUUUGAGAACCAGGAAAUAUAGGGUCACAAAUUGGAAUUAGUUUCAAGGGAUGUGUGAUUUCAUCCUUUGUUCUACAACAUGUAAACUGACUACCUUACACUAUAUUGUUACUAUCUGCCUUAACUAUAGGUCUUCCUUCUACUCAUCCAAAGCAGCGUGGCACAGAUGGCCAAAUUAUCUAAGGCACAGCGCUGUGCAGUGUUGCCACACUUCGGUGUUUGAAUUCCAGAUUUGCCCUGAUUAUGAUACUUGGUUUGUCAGUACCAUACCUGUGCUCCUGGUUUUCGCCAAAGAGGUAAACCUUCAUCAUUUCCAGUUUUCCUCCAACAUUAAUCGGACACCUGAUCUAUGUGAAAUAUUUGUUCAUAGCCGUGUUUAAUCCAGCUCACACUUUUGCUCAUCCCAAACAGGUUUGCUAGCAAAGACUUUAAUUUUAUUCCACUGUGGUCAUUUGGAAGGUGCACAAUGUUUAGUUACACCAAUUGUGUCAUAUCCCAGUUCCAUAGAAACUACAAAUGUGGCUUUCUGAGGUGACCCUGUUCUCCAAAGCAUUCAUUCAGCUUGAAAUAUCAUUACUGCAACUCACUUAUUAUAAAAAUGUGUAAUAUGAGAUUUUAUGGAAAUUUUUAGUUCUGUUUAAUAAACUGUUUAAAUCGUU